ACUCCGUUGGUUAAAUUAAAUCAAGUAGAACCUUACCUUGACCUCUCCGAGGGAUGACAGUCAAUGUAAACAUAUCAAUGUGUCUCUGAACUGAGAAACAAAGUGAUGUCGUUGAAAACAUUAGCAACCUCCCCUCUUUCCGGGAUCACCGUUUUGGUCCUUCUCGUUGCUCUUCUUCUCAGAUUUUCCAUCAAAUUCGACACUGCACAGAGAUUGUUCAGUGCUGAAGAACUUGCAUUGUUCAAUGGAACUGAUGAACGGUUGCCAAUUUUUCUAGGAAUUCUUGGAUCUGUGUUUGAUGUAACGAAGGGGAAAUCUCAUUAUGGUUCAGGAGGGGGCUACAAUCAUUUUGCUGGAAGGGAUGCUUCUCGCGCAUUUGUCUCUGGAAAUUUCACAGGAGAUGGUCUCACUGACUCAUUGCGUGGACUAUCUAGCACUGAGGUGAAGAGUGUGGUUGAAUGGAGGGGUUUCUACUUUAAAACUUAUAAGUAUGUUGGCAAGCUAGUUGGUCGAUACUACGAUAGUCAAGGGAAUCCUACUAAAUAUUUGAAAGGGGUUGAAGCGAAGGCUGCCAGAGGUGCACAGCUUCUAGAAAAGCAGAAAAUUGAAGAGGCUAAACAACCUUCUUGCAAUUCAAGAUGGAGUCAAGAUGAGGGUGGUGAGGUGUGGUGUGAUGUUGGCUACCCUAGGUUGGUUCAGAGGCCAGUUGAAAUUGCUUUGACUGGCAAGAUGAGUAAGCGUUGUGCUUGCUUUGAAGAUUCUCAGUUGGGCCAAACUGGCUUAGAGCUAUAUGAAGGGUGUGAUUACCAUGCUAACAGGUGCAAAGCUUAAUCCUGAAUCUAACACCAAUAGGGCAUUUUUGAGGAAUAUGCAUGUACCUGUGUGCUUGAAUUUGUAUAUUAAAAGCUUAAUUUAGUGAAGCUGGUAAUUGUGUAGUUACCUUGUUACUUUUAUUAGGAUGGUUGAUUUUUGCUAUUUUUAAUCUAACAACCACUUUUCUUUGUCAAUCAAAUUUAAAAUUUUAGUGUGCGCUUU